UUAACUUAAUGUGAUUUAAACAUCUCAGAGCCACGUAGAGCGGCAGCAGGGGUCCUCGGGACAGCAGAGGCAACAUGAUGCGAUCAGGAGCCAAGCAGUAUGUGGUGGUCCGGCCACUGUACUCAGAGGAGCUGUUCGCUGAGGAGCACGAGAAGGUUUACAGGCACCGCAAAACAAUGCUGGACCACAUCAAACUGUACUUCAGGUGUGACUCUAAACGAGCCAAGAGUGCAGCUCUGUCUCUUCUGCCAGUGAUUGGGUGGAUGAAGAUCUACAGGAUCAGGGACUGGCUCCUCAAUGACGUUGUGUCAGGUGUCAGCACAGGACUGGUAGCUGUCCUCCAAGGUCUGGCCUACUGUCUGCUGGCUUCUCUGCCCCCCUGGUACGGCCUUUUUUCAGCCUUUUUUCCAGUUGUCAUCUAUUUCUUCCUGGGCACAUCACGACACAUCUCAGUGGGCCCGUUCCCAGUCCUGUGUCUGAUGAUUGGUUCAGUGGUCACUCGACUCGUUCCAGAUGAGGGGCCACCUCUCAACAUCACGGGGUUUGAAGAUCUGACAAUAGAUGCACAGAGAGUGUUAGUGGCUUCCUCUGUGACCUUCCUGGUUGGUCUCAUGCAGCUGGCGAUGGGGGUCCUCCAGGUGGGCUUUGUUGUCAUGUACCUGUCUGACACGCUGAUUUCAGGCUUCACCACAGCUGCAGCCAUCCACAUCCUGGUGUCCCAGCUCAAGUUUGUGUUGGGGCUCCACGUCCCAGGCUUCAGUGGACCACUUUCACUCAUCUAUACCCUGGAAAGCAUUUUCACUCAGAUCACAUCCAGCAACGUGUGUGACGUGGUGAUUGCCCUGGUGAUCAUGCUGGUGGUGCUGGUUGUGAAAGAACUGAAUGACAGGUUCAAAUCCAAGCUGCCCGUGCCCAUCCCAAUAGAGGUUAUCAUGACUGUUAUUGCAUGUGGAGUUUCUUAUGCGUUCACCUUUAAGACAAGAUACGGCAUUGAUGUUGUUGGCUACAUUCCAAAGGGCCACCUGGUGGCUGGUUUACUUUCUGCUAUUAUAGUGAUGAUUGUCACUCUGGCAGCUGGAUUUCUUCUGGAGCCGUUACCAAAGUCUGUGCUGGGUGCUGUGAUCAUCGUCAACCUGAAGGGAAUGCUGAUGCAAAUGAGAGAGGUCCCAUAUCUGUGGAGAAGAGAUAAGCCAGACUGUGUGGUGUGGUUGGUCACUUGUGUUGCAGCUGUGCUGCUGGGUCUGGAUCUUGGAUUGGCUGUAGGCCUCGGUGUGGAGCUGAUCAGUGUUGUCCUCAGGGUUCAGUUCCCUCGCUGCAGUGUGCUGGCCAACAUUCAUGGGACUGAUAUUUACAAAGACAGAAAGGACUAUAUCAGUAUAUACGAGCCAGAAGGAGUGAUGAUCUUCAGGAUCCCGUCGCCAAUCUUCUUUGCCAACAUGGAUUUCUUCAGGAACAAGUUGGUGGAAGCUCUUGGUUUUAACCCACUGAGAGUGUUGAAAAAAAGGAAUAAAGCUCUGAGGAAGAUCAGGAAACUUCUAAAGAAGAGCGACCUGCAGUGGACAUCAAAUGGUUUCCUGAAUACUUCAUGUGGACCCAUCACUGAAUCAGAAGAUGAAAGCAACAUGGAGGACCUGGACCAGCCAAUUGACCUCAAAGACCUUCCUGGAUGCAUCAACUGGAACUCCCAACUUCCCGCCAACAUCAUAGUUCCYACAGUUGACAUCCACAGUCUGGUCCUGGACUUUGCUGCUGUCUCCUUUUUGGACAUAUCUGCUCUGAAAGGACUCAAAGCUUUACUGAAAGAGUUGAUUCGUGUUGAAGUUGAGAUCUACAUUGUGGCAUGUGAUGCUUACAUCCUGGAAAAACUUCAUAACUGCGGCUUUUUUGAUGAUGAAAUUCAACCAUCCAUGUUCUACCUAUCUCUACAUGAUGCCAUACUGCAKAUUAUGGAAAUUCACCCAGAGUCAAUAGAAAAGAAAUCAGACUAUGAAAAGAUAAUAACAACCGUCACAGUUCACCACCCCGGUAGCCUACGGAUCAGAGAUAAAAAUGUAUGUAAUAAUGCUGCCUCAGCAUACUGUUUUCCUGUUUGAAAUUACUUCUGUGCAUUUUUUUGAAAACAAACUAUCUCAGCUAACUUUUGU